AUUGCGUAAUCAAUUUAUCGAUUACACUCUAUCUUUUGUCACUAUUCCUGCAGAUUUUCAGCCAGAUGAAUUUGUGCCGUAUUUGGAACGCAAACCGAACCAAGCGUACCAGUGGAUUGGUGCCGGGAGGGACUCGGACUCCCACCUGCUGCCACUCUGCCAGCACUGGCUGCUGCGCCGGGACGAGAUGCGAGCCGUUGGGCCACGGCGGCGAGGUGCCGGGCAGAGCACGGAUGACGACGACCGCGCACAGUCUCCACCACCGCCCAGAUGCCCCACGACUUGGGUGGUGCGGCCCAGCACUGCUGCUGAGAAGGAGAUCUACCCGGGAGCAGGUCGGUCAGAGGAACGCCGCCGAUAUGAAAAUCCUCACAAGGCUUUCACUUUUCGGAUGCACGGUUACGAAUCUGUUGUGGGCCCCGUCAAGGGAGUUUACAAUCAGAGUGCUGGGCCCAACAAGCCACGGGGGCAUUCUCUGCUAGUUGGUGAGAGGCCAAAUUUUGUCACCAUCCUAGCACUUGUGCGUGACGCGACGGCCCGCCUGCCCAACGGCGAGGGCACGCGCUCUGACAUCUGCGAGCUGCUGCGCGACUCUCAGUACUUGGCUCCGAUUGCCCAGGAGAACUACCUGCAUUCUGUGGUGAGCGGGGCGCUCGACCGCCUGCACUACGAGCCGGACCCCUGUGUCAAGUACGACACCAAGCGGAAGAUCUGGAUAUACUUACACCGCGGCCGCUCUGAGCAGGAAUUUGAGAGACUCCACCAGCAACAACAAGGUGUGACAAAGGCUAAGAAGCCCCUCGGACCACGUAAGCCCGGUGGACGGCGCCCGAGGCAAGAAUCUCAGCAAGCAGGUGUGCUGGCCAGCGUCACUUCUGGAGAGCAGUUGCAGUCCACCACGACAGCGUCCUCUGCGGGUGGCACAGCUCAGCAAGUGGUGGUCACUACCGCGCCAGGGAAGGGCGUGCCAGUGGUCGGCGCCAUGGCGGGGGGACGUGGUGGGCGCUCGAGUGUGCACCAGCAGAUCAGGGUUGCCGGUAGUAGUGCGGGCACUGCCAUCCACAACCUGCAGGUGACCACAUCGGCUGGCCAGCAAACAAUACAGGUAACAACUUCGCAGAAUCUGCUGCCUGCUGCGGGAAAAUCCCUACUCGCAGUUUCAAAUCCCGGGGUGGGCUCCGUGCGCGGCACAUCACUCGCGCAGGCUGUGGCUGCCUCCAACGUAGUGACGGCAACCUCGGCAGCGACUGGUCUGCCCGCAUCCUCCCAGCAGCAGCAGGUGGUGAAGACGGUGACGCUGACGGCACAGCAGGUGCAGGCAGUUGCGUCUGCGAGGGCGGCAGCGGCCGCCGUGACAGUGACUGCACCGACCACGACCGUAGGCGCCACGUCGCUCAGGAUGGUGGGUACUGCCGGAGCUGUGACCCGUGGCGCCAAAGGGGGCAAAGCUGGCAAAGGUCAGGGCCGAGAGAGGGUGCGCAGGACGCAGCCAAUCACAGCAGCGAGUCUCAUGACGACAAUGGCGAGCGGCAAUGUGUCGCUUUCAGGAGGACAGGUUGUAACGGGCACCGGCAUUGCCACCACCGUCACCUCCCCUCUGGUUCGACAGGUUGCGGGGCAACAAGUUGUUAAUCUGCAACAGCUGCAGCUGCUGGGGGGGUCCCGCAGCCCGCAGCCCCAGCAGCAGCAGCAGUCGGCCUCUGGCGGGUCACCAAAGCUGCAGGGCACGGCAGUGCAGCAGCAGGCACAGCAGGUGGUGGCGGGUGGGAAGGCAGUGGGGCUGACGGGCGUGAAGCUGGUGGGCGCCAUGAAGGCCCUGCAGCAGCCGGGCGCCGACCAGCAGACCAUCCUCAUCAAGCAGGGCUCGGCCGUCACCACGCAGCAGGUGUCUUCCCAGCAGCAGCAGGUGCUGCAGCAGCAGGCCAAGGCGAUAGCACAGCUGCAGCAGCAGUUACAGCAGCAACAACAGCUGAAGCAGCAGCAGCAACAACUAAAGCAGCAGUUGCAACAACAGCAGCAGCUGAAGCAGCAGCAAACUACGAUUGCCACUGUCGGUGGGACGGUUGUGAGUGCGGCCCAGCAGAGAGUAGUCACAUCCGUGUCAGUCCUUGGGAGCGGCCAGCCGCAGGCUGCACGGGUUGUCACCAGGGUUGGUGGGAAACCGGUACCAGUUGCCAUCUCCACGCAGCAGCAACAACAACAACAACAGCAGCAGCAGCAGCCGCAGGCACCUGUGGUGGCAAAGGUGUUUACCAAUGCGCAGGGCCAAGUUAUCUCCAUGGAAAGCCUUCUGGCACACCAUAAGCAGCAUGGGACUCUCCCACAGGGGACGGCGUUACGUGUGACGACAUCGACAGCGGCAUCUGUUAAGGCACAGCAACAGCAGCAACAACAGCAACAGCAGCAGCAAGUGUCUGCUCCCACGGCCAGCCUCAUACAGAUACCGGGAGCAGCGACGCAGUUUGCGGUGGUGUCGCAGGGCAGCCUGUUGUCAGUGGCAGGCAGCGGAGCCAGUGCACAGACGACCUCUGCCCCCAGAAUACUGCAGGCUACCCAGUUACAGCAGCAG